AUGCCAUCGUCGGCCCAGAGCAACAGUCGGAAUAGGACGGAAAAAACAAUAUCUAAUUCAACGUCAUCAUAUUUAUCGAAUACCAAAGACUCUUUAUCAUCGUCUUAUCCAUCAAGUAAAUUAUCGUCGCCCUACCAUCACCUAACGAAUGGUGAUCACACAAUAAAAAACGUUAGUCAAGAGUCUGUACAAUCUUCGUUGCCAACAGCGACUAGUGAAUCAACAAUGCGUUUAACUAGUCCACUUGACAACAGUUCACGAAUGUCAGUUUCAUCAAACAGUAGUAAAGAUUCUCCUGUGCUAGUCGAUAGAGCAGGUGAAAUGAAUGGUGUACAUUUAUCGCUGUCUGAACCAGCUAUUUCUUUCGCUAACCAUUUGGCGUCAGAAAAUCAUGAAAAAUAUCAACAGCCGUCAGAUGUGCAACAAAAUGGUCAUGAGACGAAAAGUUCUACACCAGCAUCAACAACGGAAUCCGUACAUAAUAUGGAAUAUGAAUUUCCACCAGUAUCAAAAGCUGAACGUGAUCAAGAAAUUCAAAAGUAUUAUCGUGCAGAUUUGAUCCAUCAUCUCGUAGAUUGGCCAUCGACACAGCUUGAAAAACAGCUAUUGUGUUUGAAAGUUUUCGACGAAUAUUAUGCUUAUAGUGCAAAAAUUUCGACUGCAUUCACCGAACUGAAAGCGCUAAAAUCGAAUUUCAGAGUGCUGGAAAUUAAACGUAAUAUUCAAACACAGAGGAAAUUUGAAGCUGUGAAAACAUUAGAAACCGAAUUAUCUAUUUUUUAUUUGAAUCUACAACCGUGGAAAGAAACUUCAAUGAAACGAUCAAAACUAUCUCACUCAAUUACAUUAAAUGAAAGUUUGCAUUUGAAUAAUAAUAUUAAUAACUUAGCAAAAGAUGCUGACCACGAAAAAGAACGAAAGAAAAUACGAAAAAUACCCUUUCCAUUCGGCUGUUGUCGAAUUUGUUUCGAUAAGGCAACUGGCGUCCACUAUGGAGUUCCAACAUGUGAAGGAUGUAAAGGUUUUUUUAAACGCAGUAUAUUACGUAAAGAAAAAUAUCGUUGUUAUUUUGGUGAUGGAUGUACUAUAAAUAUUGAAAAUAGAAAUCGGUGCAAAUCAUGUCGAUUUCAUAAAUGUCUUAUUGAAGGAAUGUCUGUUGAAAGUGUUAAAAUGGGACGUAUUCCAAAAAUCGUGAAAGAAAAAGCAAUAAAAGAACAACAUCAACAGCAACGACAACAACAAUAUUCGCUAAAUGAAAAUCCAAGUUCACCAGAAAGUGAAAAAAAUGUUGAAAAUAAUGAUCCUGAUCAAUCAAAAGACUCGAACUUAUUUUAUACGUCUUACUUACUUCCAAAUGCAACAAAUCCUUUUGAUAUCCCGCCGACAUCGGAUAUUCUACCAUCAUUUCUACAUUCACCUAUUCCACUUGAACCAUUAUCAUUUUCUUCAGACAUGAAUUCACUUAUCCAUUCAUCAUUAACAACUACACAUGAAUCAUUACCUCUAAUAGUAUAUGAACAAUGUCAGCAUGCUGUUUCAAAUGUUCAGUUAUUAGCAGACACUGCAACAGACUCCUAUCAUUUUGAAUCGGCAUUUCAGUCGAGUAACACCUAUGCUAAUUUAUCCGUAACAACAUCGUCUCAUGCGACUAGUCAAACAUUUUUAUCAGAUGAUUUUUCGAUUGAUGAAACAAAUAACGCUGAGAUGAGUCGUGGAAUGAAUAUUGCUCAACAAAUUGUUAAAUUAAAUACAUUGGCAUUAACAAACUAUAUGACUAAUUGCGAUGAACAUUUUUCAAUAAAUGUUCUAGAACGAAUGAACACUAUUGCACCAAAAUUAUCGAAACCAGAGAUAUUUACAGAAUUAAAUUAUGAAGAAUCAACGUUCAUACGUUAUUUAAGAUGGAAAAUGUUCGAUUUAUGUGCAUCAUAUAAUGCAAGAACAAAACAGUUAAUUGAAAGAAUGAUUGGACUUAUUAAUCUCGGAAUACGAGAAUAUCCCGGUAAUAGUUCAUCGAUUAUGGAGAUUUGGGCUGGUUUAACUGAUGCUAUACCAUUUCAUGUUAAAAAUUUGAUCGCUUUUGCUAAAGAGAUGCCAGGUGUAGCCGAAUUAUGCUCACAAGAUUUUCAUAAAAUGAUGAAUAAUCGUUUAUUUGAUUUUUGGUUGAUAAAACAUGCACCAUUAAUCCGAAACAACGAGUCGUAUAUGAUGUUACCAAAUGGUUUGCAAUAUACACGAGGAUGGAUGAUUCAAAUUAUCGGAGAAGAAAUGGUGAAAACAAUGUUUGAAUUUGCAGAAAAAUUUAAUCAGUUAAAAUUAACUCAAGAAGAACACGCAUUGGUAUUUCCUGUUGUGAUUUGUACAAAUGAUAAAACUCUAGAAGAUCAAAAUACGGUUCAGAUUAUACAAUGUUGCUAUUUGUAUGCAUUAUUCGUCCAAAUGUGUACAACUCGAACAGAUUAUGAAUCAAAAGUUCUAUUUCAUAAUUUAUUGGCGGUGUUUGACUUUUUGCCAUUACUAAACGAAUUACAGGAGAAAAAAAUUGGUCCACUUAUACCAGCACAUGAAAAUCCACCACAAUGA